CAGCCGAGAGCCGAGGUGUUUUUGUCAGUUGAGUGUUUCUGUUUUUACAUAAAUUAAAUUAUGAAAGUUGGAACUUAAUUUUAAAAAAUGAAUCCCGUAGAUUAGUUUAAAUUUGAGUUUUUACUUGCCAGUUUCUUUCAUCACCCAUGUAAUUGUAUUGUCACCAAGAGUUUGAGAGAUUUAACAAUGUUAAAAGUCGAGGAAACUGAGUCGAGCUUUGGCUCAAAAUUAGAGAAGGAAACAAAGAACUUGGCACUUCUAAAGGAACAAAUGGAAAGAAGCAGUCAAAUAACCAAAGGAAUGGUCAGCAUCUUGUCAUCGUUUGAAAACAGAUUGUCCAAGUUAGAGAUCACCAUUAUGCCCAUUUACAAUGAGACUGGAAAUUUGCAACGAAGACAGCAAAAUAUAGAACGUACGGUAGCUGCAUUGGACGAUGUGAUUGGUUACUACGGUGUCAGCAAAGAAGUUGAGGUAGUAAUCAGAGCAGGACCAAGCGGACCGGAGGGCCUAGAACAGUUCCUCGCUGCGAUGACAAGAUUACAGCAGGCCCAACGCUACUUUGAAAAGAGUAAUCCUCAAAGUGUAGAGCUUGAGAAUGUGUGUUCAUUAUUCACCGCAGGAAUAGAUGCUCUGAAUCGAGAAUUCAAAGAAUUAUUGUUGAAACAUAGUAAACCUGUGUCACCCAUCACCCUUCUCGACCUUGUGGCAAACGAUGAAGAACUAUUUCAUGAUGAUUGCUCAUCGGUUGGAUCUUUGGGUCAUUUCUCUGAAACUGUCUUAAGUGAUUUGACUCGAAUGGCAGACUGGUUAAUUGCUGAGACCCGUGAUGAGUUUAUGAAUAUUUACGCCAGAAUUCGAGCAAACAUUUUAAUGAAGUCUCUAACAUUGUUGAAGGACCAUCAGAAAUCUGGCAGUGGAAGUAGUAUGCAGAAUGUCUCCGCUGUUUCCCCGAAUAUAAGACCAAAAUUUCCAAGUAAAAUUGAGUCUGUCACCAGAAGUAAAGCCUCUAAGAGAUUGCAAAUUUUUGAAAAGAAGGCUAAUAAAAUGCUUUUGAAAGCAUCGCAAACUUUAGAAAAUUCGACUGGCUUAUCAUUAGGGAACAGAAGAUCCAACAUACAUCUCGAAAAUCGUGAGGAUAUUGUGGAUGAGCAAGAAAUGGAAAACUAUCUUGUCACCGUCGUUGCCCUUCAGCGCUUGAUGACAAGCGAACAGUCACUGAUGCAUGGUAUCAUUCCUCUUCAACAUAUCCACCAAGUGUUCCAGAUCAUCAUUCAAGAUGCCUUAAAAACCAUAGUUCAAGACGGGAAGAAUAUUGCUGCUCGGACAAAACGGUGCAUAUCACAUCAUGAUUUCGGGGGAGCAAUCAUCAUUUUCCCUAUACUGAAACAUCUUCUCAAUUUGAAACCUGAAUUCGAGCGAGUGGUUGAAGGGUGCGAAUUAAAUGUCAGACAGCAGUUCGCAUCUGUUGUAACCACUCUUCACUCAACGGCUGCUAAAGGAUUAGAAGAAUUCAUCGAAAACGUGAGAUCAGACUCUGGCACAGCUUUACCUUGUGAUGGCACCAUUCAUCAGCUAACAAGUGAUGUAUUAGUAUUUUUAGAGCAGCUAGUGGAUUAUACCGAUACUAUCGGCAAUGUUUUGAAUCAAGAUCCAACCUACUCCGCCGCUUUGAUACAGAUCACCUCCGAUACCAAAUCCAACCUCAACAAUGAUAAAAAUAAAAUUUUACUAGGAAUUUAUAUCAAAAAAGUCUUGUCACAGUUGAAUUUAACAGUUGUGAGCAAAAGUGAAACUUACAGCGAACCUGGAGUCCGAGCCAUCUUUCGAUUGAAUAAUUGCCACUAUGUACUGAAAGCUUUGCAGCGGUCAUCUCUUCUGGAACUUGUAUCAUUUUCAGAACCAGACUGUGAGAACAACUAUUACAGUAUGAUAAGCACUCACAAGAAAGCUUAUUUGCAAUGCUGGAAUAAAGUUAUCAGCCACAUAACAGCAUUGGAAGACAUUCCUCUCCAAGGUGGCAAACUGAGAGAUAAAGAUCGCAACAGUGUGAAGGAGCGAUUUGCCGGCUUUAAUAAGGAAAUCGAAGAAAUUUCCCGAUUGCAGAGAGGUUAUUCCAUCCCAGAUGUUGAACUUCGCGAAAGUAUAAAACGAGACAACAAAGAAUAUAUCCUUCCAAAGUACAAUACUUUCUACGAUAAGUUCUCCUGCCUUAACUUUAGUAAAAAUCCUGAGAAAUAUCUAAAGUAUGCGCCAGAGCAGGUGGCUGCGUUAUUAGACCGCUUUUUUGAUGUUGCUGCUUAAUACAAUUUCAUAUUUUCAUAACAAGAGACUACUCUGUUUAAUCCUACACAAUUUUGGAAUUAUUUAUAUAAAAAAUGUGGAGAAAGUCAAUGAUCAGCUUUAUCUAAAUUCAGCUAAGACUGCCAAGUCUUAAGACUUUUCUCAGAAUCUCACCAUAUACACUAAGUUCAGUCUCAAUAUUUUGGAUUUAGUCAGAUUGCCUAAUUAGAUAUUGAAGAGGCCACUGUAUUUCCGUACUCUCAAUUUCACUUGUUAAUCCAAUGUUACUGAAAUGCCUCCUGUAUUUACGUAGGCUACAGUGCGUUUUGGAGUUAUUGUGAUACAUACAUUAAUUUUUAUAUAUACAGUUUGUGAUUAUUUAUUGUUAUAAGUGCACAUAAUUCUAUAUUGUUUUCAAUAAAAAAAGAAUCUGUUUUGUUUAAA